AUGUAUGGUGUUGAGAUUUCUUACCAGCAAGCAUGGCGUGCUAAAGAACGUGCACUAGAGUUGAUAAGGGGCAAUCCUGCAGAUGCAUAUAAAAAUAUGCCAAGAUACAUACAUAUGUUGGAAACGGUGUAUCCAAAUUCUUUUAUACGGAUGCACAAAUCGAAAAAAAAUGAAUUUAUGUAUUUAUUCAUUGCUUUAAGGCUUUUGAUUAGAGGGUUUGAGUUUUGUAGGCCUGUUAUUGCUGUUGAUGGUUCACAUCUUAGUGGAGCUUAUAAAGGGACGUUUGUAUCCGCAAGUACUCUUGAUGGGCAGUUCAAAAAUGCAUUUGGUGAGAGAGAAAAAAUGUGUGUUGUUUCUGAUAGAAACGAAAGCAUAAUGAAGAGUGUUAGUAUAGUUUAUCCAAAUGUUCCACAUUUUGCAUGCAUAUGGCACUUGUGGAAAAAUAUUUGUACAUACUACAAGAGAAGUAAAAACACUCUAAAUGAUCUGUUUUAUUCGAUGGCUAAGGCUUAUCGAAAAAAGGAUUUUGAAAAAUUGAUGGCUAAAGUGGAAAAAGUAAAUGGCAGAGUUAAAAAGUAUCUUGAAGAGGCUGGCUAUGAAAGGUGGUCUAGAUCUCAUGCAACCGUGAAUAAGGGUAGAAUGAUGACAUCUAACAUUGCGGAAUGUAUCAAUGGUUGUCUUGUUGAUGCACGACAAUUACCUGUUUUGGACUUUUUGGAAGAAGCCAGAAUUCUAUUUGGUUCUUGGAACUGCAAAAAUAGAGAAAUAACAUCUUAUACAAAGGAAACAUUAGGGAGGAAAUUUGAAGAGAUAUUGAUUAUAAACGCGUCCAAAUUUUAUGAAGGUGGUAUAAGAUACAUCGUUUGCCUUAAUAGAAAGAAUUGUUCUUGUGGUAGAUUUCAGCAUGAUGAAAUACCUUGUGCGCAUGCAAUGGCUUUUUUGAAGAAGAAUAAUAUCAAAGAUGUACACCCAUACUAUUCCGAUUACUAUAAACCUGAUGCAUUAGCCAACACCUAUGCAGUUCCAAUGGAACCAAUGUCGGACAAAAGUGAUUGGACAGUUUCGGAAAGUGUUUUGGAAGAAGUUGUCUUGCCACCAAGAAACAAAAAAAUGCCUGGUAGACCAAGAAAAAAAGAAAGAAAAAUGCGGAUGAAAAGCUAA